UUUAAACCCCUCCAUCAAUCAAAAUCCCACUGAUACCACAAAACUUCCAUCCACCACCACGUAGGCAUGAGCCAAUUCGGACAAACGAUACGAAAUGUGCGUCUGGGUUAAAAUCAGAUGGUCGUUAUUGGUGGACGGGCAGGAGACUAGCGCUGUGCUAGGGGAUUGUAUCGUACUUUUUGGACUGGAAGGGUUAGACGUGGCUUGGCGGUAAUGGGUAUGGUAGAGAUGGGUGAAUGGAUUGUUGGAUAUGAGAGGGGAGGUGAGGGAGGUAUAAACGGAUGGGUUUAUAGUUUGCGUGUCUAUUCAUCUGUGAGCCGUUGGUCUCUUGAUUUCGUCGUCGUUGACUUCAUCUAUCCGCUCUUCUCAAACCCCAAACCAGACAUCUUGAAUCACAAUAUCCACAAUGGCACCAUCCGCCCAACCAACAACAGAAGAAGAAUCCCAAACCACCCAGCAACAACAAAAGACGCCCCUCCAAUUAAUAUCCCAAGGCGUCUGCCUCCCCGGAAUACCAAAACACCCCUCAUUCGCCACGCACCGGCAAUGGAUGCUGGAGAAGAUGGCACUGACGUUCCGCGUGUUCGCACGCUUGGGAUACACUGAUGGAAUGGCGGGACAUAUCUCGAUUCGGGAUCCGGAGAAUAUUCAUACGUUUUGGACUAACCCACUAGCAGUCCACUUCGGCCUCCUAAAAGCCAGCGACAUGAUACUCGUGAACUACGACGGCGUGCCUAUCGGAGGGAAUAUGUCACGCCCCGCCAACGCAGCAGGCUUCCUCAUCCACAGCGCGGUGCACAGGGGGCGUCCCGACGUCGUCGCAGCGUGCCACACGCACAGCAUCCACGGCAUGGCGUGGAGUGCGUUCGGAAGGCCGGUGGAGAUGAUUACGCAGGAUGCGGCGUAUGUGUAUGGUGAGGCGCAGGCGGUGUAUAAGGAUUUCGGAGGCGUGGUGCUCACGCAGGAGGAGGGUGAUCGUAUUGGAGAUGCGUUGGGUCCAAAAGGCAAAGCAAUGAUCCUGCAAAAUCACGGCCUCCUUACCGUCGGCUCGACGGUCGACGAAGCGUGCUUCCUGAUGACGCUCAUGGAGCGCGCGUGCCAGUGCCAAUUGCUCGCCGAGGCGGCGGCCGCGAACGGGAUUAAGAAGGUGCUGAUCCCGGACGAGAGCGCGAGGUAUACGUUCGAGAACUCGAGUGAUCCCGAGACGCUGUACUGGGAGGGUCAGCCGGAUUUGGAUUAUGAGGAGUAUAUGUGUAAGGGGGAGCAUAAGGGUUGA